CUAGCUUUUUUUUUUUUUUCCUCCCUUCCCUCUCGGCUCUUUUCUCUUUUUCUUCCUCUGCUCUUUGCUCUCUCAUUUAAGGGAGAGACAAACCCCACGUUUUUGACUAAUACAAAUAAACUACCAACUGCAACUACAACCAUGGCAUCUGCAAGCAGCUCAGCACAGGCCGCCUUCGGGCUGGGCCGGAGGAAGAAGAACCCCGGGCUCUUGGAUCAGAUUGGAAAGUUCUUUGGAGGAGACAAGAAAAGGAAGGGCAAGAGCUCCUUCAGGGGUGCUCUGUCUCCGGCCCCUCAGAAAGCCUCCGCAACCUCCCCACGUAAGCGUGGAGCAGAGAAUGCCGUGGUCCACUUCUUCCGCACGAUCGUGUCCCCUGCCCCUCCCAAGUCUAGGUGGAGAGGACUAGCAGCCAAGAUAGGCCUGGGCCCACAGAAGUCAAGCAAGAAGGCCAGUGCAGGGGAUGGCAAAGGGACCCUGACUAGGAUCUUCAAAAUGUGAUGAUAUCAGCAGCAGAGGAAGCAGGAGUGCUUCUCCAGCCAAACGCUGAAGUCCCCCUCUACAACCCCUUCCAACAGCAAGAGGGUAGAUGUUCAAGAGCACAGGGGGGGGGAAAGAGGACCAGAAAAGAAGAAAUCUUCUCAUCCCUUUACACUGACUUUCCCAAUUGCCUUUGUUAACACCCUAAUGUUAGCUAAACCCCCUCCUGCCCCAUAUUACUGCCCCCUUUCCUUUGGCUGAUAGAUAGCGACACAAUCUGCCCCUGCAUCCCUCCCUUCCUGCAAGCAUCAUGCUAAGUCUGCAGCCAUUAUCUCCAGUGUGAACUGAUUGCUGAAGUUGAUCCUGAAGCCGCUCACAUGUGCAGCCUGAAUGACCUCCUCCCCCACCCUCCAUGGCUCUCUGUUUAUAUCCAGCUUGAGUUUCUGUAGUGUCCUUGAACGUUUUCUAACAAUAAUGGCUAAACUGAAGCAGACCUGGAGCAGCUGAAGGUGAAGGCCGGUGCAAGUACAACUGACUUGACCGUUAUCGCCACAUGUGGAUUGGGUGCAAAGACCAAGUCGCUUCUGGUUUUUACAUAAGAGUGGUUUUCUGUUUUGUCACACUGUCUGAGUCACUCCCUCUAGCAUUUUAUGCACCCCUCCUCAAAUAUUCUUUUAUGUAAGGUUUAACAUAUUUUAAAUUAUCGCGAGAGCCAUUUUGGUCAUAAUGUUUAUUUCAUUCACCUCUUGUGUCGUAGCUGUAGUGACGUGUCCUGUCAUGAUUGUGAUGUUCUAUGUUUGUCAUCUUUAUAAGGCUGGCUGUGAAGUUUGUGCUAAAAAACAAAAGUAAGAUUUCUUUUUCAAUCCUUGAGAUUGUGACAUUACUAAUUUACCUUUCCAUGUAUAACUAAAUUAUUUCGUAGUGUAUUUUACCAUUUUAAAAAAGGAUCUGAAUCUGAGGCAUGAUGGCAGAUUCAGACGUGUCCUCAGUGCAUUAGUUUAGUCUGCUGUAGGUCUCUUUAUUGUCGCCAUUGUUUCUAUUGCAUGCUCAGAGCACAUACUGCAAAUUCAGUUCACAAAACCCUCGUCAACAAGUGCCUUUCCUCCUGACUACCAAAAACAACGUGCUGUGUUUUCUUCUGAUGAAUAAUAAAGAAAAAAAACACAGUUUCAAAAAGGUGCUCUUUAACUAACUAUAAUGACACAUUACAAAGUCUUUAAGAAUGUGCAAUUUAUAUGUAAAAAUAGAAAAAAGUCAGAAACAGAAAAGGUCAGCACCAACAGUUGUGCUGUUUCUAUCCAUCUUCCAAACGCAGGCAUUUGUGAUCUGUAGCAUUCAUCCCUCCUUGUGUUAGUGUGUGCUUGAGCCUUGUGAGUGCUGUGUAGUGUUUAUUGCUGAAUGGAUCCCAUGAAUGAAUGUAAACAACCUCCUCAUCAUUGUAUGUGUAAUAUGAUAUGACCAGCCACUUAACUUAGAAUAAAGAAUAAUGAAGAAAAAAAAAUAUAUAAACCAAACU